CAGACCACAGGUUGCAAACUACUGCUCUAGGCCAAUGGGACACUUGGCAUAAGAAGGAUUUGCAAGCUCAGGCACUUCCAUAACUAACAAUCAAUACAACUCUCCCCUGCACCUCAGAUAAGUAAAUCAAGAUUAUCCAGGUUAACUUAAAAAAAAAAGGCACAGCAGGAUGGUUAAGUUAGUUGCCCAUGGCCAUGCAGGUGAAUCAGUGGCAGGGCUGGGAUUAGACCUCCUGAACGAAUAGUUUCCAUGCCCAAUAUGUUGUCACGAAAGCUCUGAUGGUUCAGUGUUCAGAGGAGUAUAUCAUGUUAGUUUAUGAAAAGCUUAUAACCCACAGAGCAGGAUCUUCACAUAAGUUUGAUAUUGCCAUUGUUCACUGUGUUCGAACACAGUAACCUUUAGGCUUUGUGACCAAUCAAUAUUAUUCACCUCUACACCACCCAUAGGCUAGGCACAGAACAUUACACCCUCAUAAAAUGCUGUUUGCUUAUUAUCACAUUGAUAAGGAUUCUAUAAAAAACACACAAGCUCUCAUUCUUUUUUCAUAGCACCAACUGUAUUCUACUUUCUUCUCCUUUUUUGGUCUUCAGUUUCAGCUCAUGGAGAACAAAAGACAAGCUUUCUGACAAACCUAUCUUGGAAGAUAGAAAAUAACAUCAUCUGAAGACAUACAGACUACUACAUGGAGAAUGGGCCUAUUGAAUGCCAAACACUCCAGAGUAAAACAAGCUCAGAUAUUAAUGCUGGGGCUUGAUUCAUCAGGGAAGUCAACACUAUUGUACAAGUUAAAAUUGAAUGAUGCCUUCCUAACAAUCCCAACAAUUGGUUUUAACGUCGAGAUGCUUGAAACUGGGAAAGAUUUUGCUUUAACAGUCUGGGAUAUUGGAGGGCAACAGAAAAUGAGGACACUUUGGUGCGAUUACUUGGAGAAUGCAGAUGGCCUGGUGUAUGUUGUAGACAGCACUGAUAAACAACGCCUAGAAGAAUCUAAGAGAGAAUUUGAACUCAUCUUAAAAAAUGAAUGUAUAAAGAAUGUGCCUGUGGUUUUGCUAGCAAACAAACAGGAUCUUCCUGGAGCUUUGAAUGCUGAAGAAAUAACCAGGAAAUUCCAUGUCAAGCAGCACUGCAGUGACAGGAACUGGUAUGUACAGCCCUGUUGUGCCAUCACUGGUGAAGGCUUGGCAGAAGCACUCCAAAAAGUAGCAGUUUUUGCAAAACACUUUAGGAAGUCAAAAGAAGCUUUUACUUUUUUUAAGCAAAAUGAAAAGCUGUGAGUGCUGAUCAUCUAAACCCAAGGAAAGUUAAUACAAACGUGUGCUUGUUUUUUGCAGCGCUAACCCUGAAAACUUGAUUCAUUUUGUAGCGUAUUAUGGAGUAUGUUUAAACAACCGUGCUGUAUUUGCAUAAUUCAGAGCUCAUAUUUGGCAGUGUUUUAACUAACAAUAUAUUUGGGCUGUCUGUCAGAUGUGUGCCUGUAUUUAAACUAGGUAACAGUAACGGGGUGCAUUUUUAUGCUCCUUAAUUUAAGCCAGCAGGAAUAUAAUCUGUGUAGAAUGCAUAAAAUGCUUAUCUUAAGUAGUUUUCAUAACAUGUAAAGGAGCCAAGUUCAAUGAAUCAUUGAACAAGCAAAUUAAGGACAAAAAAUUCUUGUGGACGUGCUUUUUAACAUGAUAAUUAUAAGGAAUAUGCAAAGUAAAUUUAAUUAAAGAAGAAUGAAGUAACUGACUACUACUUUGUAAAAUGAUUAAAUUACAUAGAGAUUUGAGAGUUAUUUGUAGUAAUAUUCAUGUAUGUGUUCUCAGGAUUUCAUUAAUGUGGAUACAUUUUUGUUCUAAUAUUGUAAGUCAAUCCUGCACAGAACUGAACCUUCACAAUUCUGGUCUUUUUUAUUAUUUUUUUAAAAGAAACUCCAAGAGGCCCCAAUCCUGCUAUUAGUGAAGGCACCUGAAAUAUUGUCAUUGACUUUGGAUAUGAUUGUGGGCCUAGAACUGGUGGAAAAAUUUCCAACGGGAGAUGUUGCUAAGCAAAAUGGUUAGCAGGAACAUUUUCAACAGAAAUGACUCAAAAUCAAAAUGGAAUACUUAUUUUAAAAUUUCUAAUUUAAUUUAGUAUUUAACAU